AUGGAGGGCCUGGCUCUGGUAGGAAAAGAAGCCCAGGGAUGGGGCAGUUCCUUUGAGUCACGGUUGUACCAGUUGACAUUCGCAACAGAAAGAGUCCCUUCAGCAGCUGCCCAGGAAGCGUGGUCUUGGGCGUACUUGAAAGAACAGAAGGCGAUAGCAGCACCCAUUGAACUGUUUUCCAAGCACCAGUCCUUUCCGGAGCAUGAAAAUGGUUUUCAGGUUGGAAUGAAAUUAGAAGGCUUUGACCCCUGACAUCCAUCUGUAUUUUGUGUGCUUUCUGUAGCUGAGGUGUGUGGUUACUGUCUAAGACUUCAUUUUGAUGGUUAUUUAGGCUGCUACGAUUUUUGGACCAAUGCUGCUUCCCCUGGCAUUCAUCCAAUAGGGUGGUGUGAAAAGACCACACAUGAAUUGCACAUCCCUAAGGGUUAUAGAAAAGAUAAAUGUUUUUGGAUGGAUUACUUGAAGGCCCGCAGAUUGCAAAAUGCUCCCAAGAAAUUAUUCAGAAACACAAGUUGUAUGAGUAUUUUCUUCCAAAUUCACAAUUUCUUAAAAUUCGACAGGAAGAGCCCUUCCUCGGGGUGUGUGGUGACCAGGGAAGAUGUUGCUGAAGGUCGCUUCCUGGUGCACUUUGACAGUCGGGAUGACAGCUGCGAUUACUGGUGUGGUGUAAACAGUCCUUACGUCCAGCCGGUUGGUUGGUGUCAGGGGAAUGAAAGCACUGUGGUAGCACCCCAAGGCUAUCCUGAUCCAGGAAAUUUUUCCUGGACAGAAUAUCUGGAAGCUACUCAAACUAAUGCAGUUCCUGCCAACGUUUUUAAAAUGCAGUUGCCUCACAGUUUUCUGCCAACUGUGAAACUUGAAGUUGUGGAUAAAUGAAACCCCAGGUUAAUUCAUGUUGCUACGAUUGUGUAUGUUGAUGACCAAAGAAUAAAGGUUCAUUUUGAUGGCUGGGAGCACAGAUAUGAUUACUGGAUGGAUGCCAACAGCCCUGAUAUUGACCCAGUUGGAUGGUGUGAUGUAACAGGUCAUCCACUGGAAGUGCCGUGUCGAGCAAAUGAUGUGAAAAUCCUUCCAGGUCAAGCUGUUUGUCCUACUCCAGGGUGCCAAGGAAUAGGCCAUAUCUGUGGUCCACGGUAUUAAGGACAUCACAGUGCUUUUGGCUGCCCGUAUUCAGACGUGAACUUGAAAAAGGAGGCAACUCUUCAUGAUCGUCUGAGAGAACAAACACAGGCAAAUUUGGAAUCAGACUCUUCUCAUUCAAAAUCAGAAAACCUCUGUAGUUUGAACUUCAGCGGGAACCAUGAAAAGGUGAACAGUCAGCCCAGACUUGAACAGCAGACAAAGUGUUUGAAAAUCAAAGGAAAAGAAGAUAUUGACUUGGAUAAUCUCUUCAGCAAACACUCCAUGGAGCAGACGCAGCAGGCGCUGCAAGUCUUCAGGUUGUCCAUGUUGGUUCACCCUUUCCGGGACCUUCCCCUGGGCAGGGAGCAGCACUGCAAGCUGCUUCCAAGCGUGGCUCAUAUCCAAGUAGGCGAGGUGGCCCAAGGGACAGCGGAUGAGGCGGCUGAGUUUGUACGGUCUCUUCUGGGCUGUGACGAGCAUGCCAAGAGCCUCAGGAAAGAGCAUAUUGACAGCAAAGCCUUCCUGCUUCUGACACAGACAGACAUCGUCAAGGUGAUGAAGAUCAAACUGGGCCCAGCACUGAAGAUUUCUGCCUCCAUCCUCAUGUUCAGGAAUUCCCAGGACCUCCCUGAGGAGGACACUGUCUCAGGCCCAGAAGCUACCCAGGUUGCCUGGAAUGUGCCCAGGAGUAGCACUGACAGUCAGCCUGGGCAUUUGGCAGCAGCUGGGGAGACCCUGCUGAGGAGCCUCCGUGGUGAGCAGAGCCUGCAGGCCACCUCAGAGGAGCCUCCAGAGCUGCGCUGGCCUGCGGACAUCGCUGAUCGUGGAGGUGGGGAGAGAGGUGCAGAGUCAGCUCUCGAGCUUGCGGCCCAGGAGGCUGCAGGCGUCCACAUCGCACCACUGCCUCACCUUCUCAGGCGGAGCUCUCUUCACGCUCUUUCACUUUCUGUGCUGGACCAACACCGAACUCUUGGGACUCACAUCUUUGCCGAUGCUGACCCCCCUGCCUGGGGCGCUUCCCCCCCACACCCCUGUCCUCAAUAG